GAGAUGCAGAUCUUCAUGAAGACCCUGACGGGCAAGACCAUCACCCUUGAGGUUGAGCCCAGUGACACCACUGAGAAUGUCAAAGCCAAAAUCAAAGACAAGGAGGGCAUCCCCCCUGAUCAGCAGUGUCUGAUUUUUGUGGGCAAACAGCUGGAAGAUGGCCACGCUCUGUCAGAUUACAAUAUCCAGAAAGAGUCCGCCCUGCACCUGGAGCUUCGCCUCUGGGGUGGCAUCAUGGAACCCUCUCUCCACCAGCUGGCCCAGAAAUACAACUGCGACAAGAAGAUCUGCCGCAAAUGUGCUCACCUGCACCCCCGCGCUGUCAACUGCUGCAAGAAGUGCAGCCGCACCAACAACCUGCGCCCCAAAAAGAAGGUCAAAUAA